CGCCGGAAUUACCAUUUAGGGUCUUCCAUUUCAAAGGCCUCCCACAAGUCUUCUUGUCAGUGAUGGAAGACGAGGGAGACAGAUUGCUCGACCUCCUACAAGCACAUGGCCAACAGUUCCUCAACUCUUUCGAUCUCAAUCAACAUCCCCGGAAGAAGCAGAAACUAGAAGAGUCCCAAAAGGAACUCGAGAACGAGGAUUUUGAGGAGUGGGGAGGUUUCAGCAAUGCAGCUGUCUCCACUCACCCAUCCGAAGAAAAUGACGACGAUACUCCCGAUGAAUAUGAUGACGGCUUUACCGCCAGUUCCUCCACCAAGAUACCAGAUGUAGUGGUGUUCUCAGACUCGAGGCAGAAGCCUUCAGAACAGUUCUCGAAAGCUCAGAAAAAAGCUUUCAUGGCAACUAAAGUUACAUCUAUAAUGGAAGUCGAUAGGGCCCCACAUCGAGACGAGGAUGACACACAAAAUGAUGAGGAUAUCUCGAAUGCCCAGAACGAUGCUCUCCUCCAUCGUUUAGUCCACACAAAAUUGUUGUCUGGGUCUUUGAACCCUGCACUCGACUUGACUCAUGCACAACGAGAUAAAGCACUGUCCGGUCGUGUCUUAGAAAUUGCAGGGAAAGCCAAGCUUGGCAAGGGAGAAGUUGACAUUCGCGCUGCAGAACGAAAUAAGGCUUCCAAGCGAGUGCGAGAAGGACUGCUAAGGAAGAAGGAUGAGCGAGAGAAGCAACAGCUGGAGGAGGCCAAAAAUUUGGGAAAUUACCACCCCACUCUUAAAAAACUGUUUGAUACAUCAUCUAGGUCCUCAGGCCGUCAAAGACGAGUUAGGGGUCUCGGAAUGGGAGUGGGCAAGUUUAGUGGGGGGACGCUGAAGCUUAGUAAAGAGGAAAUAAAUUCGGUGACCGGU